UUCCCGCUCUCUGGUCUUACAUUCUUUCUUCGUCGCCCCUCAUUAGCUCACCUUUUUACGCAUUGUCGCUCACCAUUCGCCAUGGCUGGCACCAGUCGAAAGCUGCCGGGCCUGAUUUACGAGAGCUACGAGGUCGUUGGGGUUUGGCGCUGCAACUUAUGUGCUACUCUUAACGAGCAGAAGCGGCUCGCUGAAGAGCUGUCUGCUAAGCACGCUGUAUGCGGUAGCUUCCAGUACGGUACACGUACAGUUCCACUGCGGACUCUUUCCACCUCUCUCACCCACCUUCAUAGAUAUGUUCGGCUUAUCGUACACUGCAUCAGCCACUGGAAUUACAAAUCUUAUCCCAUUCCUAGCAAACCAAAGUACACGGAACAGGAUGUUACGGUUGUUAUACCCACCAUUCACCAUAAUUUCGAGGAGCUCCGCCCUUCGCUGAAAAGCAUCCUUGCGACAAACCCGCAUGAGCUGAUCAUUGUUACGACCACCAAUAAAUUCGACGCCCUAACGAGGCUCGCGGAGGCCCUAAACCCCAGGAUCCGCACCUUCUGCAUCCCCGUGGCCAAUAAGCGCCGGCAGGUUUGCGAAGCGUUGCCCUAUAUUACGACUCGGAUCACCAUUAUGGCGGACGACGACGUGACGUGGCCCAAAACGCUCAUGCCCUGGAUUUUGGCGCCGUUCGAGAACGAACAGAUUGGGGGCGUGGGUACGUGCCAGAGGGUCAGGCGCGAAACGGGCGGGUCGAUCCUGCGGCGCGCGAGCAACUGGCUCGGGGCGUGCUACAUCGAGCGGCGCAACUUUGAGAUCUCGGCGACACACAAUAUCGACGGCGGUACGUCGUGCAUAUCGGGCCGCACCGGGGCGUACCGGACGCACAUUUUCCAGGACGAAAAGUUCCAGCAUUCGUUUAAAACGGAUCGGUGGCGCAACUUCAUCCUCAACGCCGACGACGACAAUUUUGUAACGCGUUGGCUCGUAAGCUACCGGUGGAAAACAUGGAUCCAGUACGAGCACGAAUGCGAGAUUGAAACGACCCUAGAAUACGGCCUCAAAUUUUUAUACCAGUGCUCGCGACAACAGCCCUGGUCGACGUACGCGCUUCACAUCGCCACCUUUACGUCUUUGGCCUUCGUUUUCGACCCGCUGAUCCUGGCCUCGCUAUGGUGGGGCACGGCCGACUGGGAUAAUAUGAACCGAUGCUAUGCGUUUGGCGCCAUGCUGGUUUUUUUCGCCUUUACCAAGGUUGUUAAGCUCAUGGGCCUUUUUAAGCGCAACCCCAAGGACCUCGUGUUCCUGCCACUCUCAAUCGCCUUUGGCUACUUCCACGGCUUGAUCAAGCUCCACGCCCUAUUCACUUUGAACGUGACCACGUGGGGCAGCCGCGAAAACGCUGAUGACAACGACAACCUGCGUUUGGCGCCUAUCCCAGGCGUGGCCUCGACGGACGAUGUGCCCUCCACUCGCGGCGGUGCUCAACUUGCAGUCCUGCAGUGA